GAGAGCGCAGAACAGUGGAGCGGAGAGGCUUCCCAACACCACAGAUUACACUAGCACACCGCCGUGCAUGCUCAGCUCAGCCUCCUCUCUUAGCUCGCACCGAAGGAAAGCAGCAGCAGCGGAGGACCAUGCUGCUGCUCAGGCAGUCUCAUUAACUCAUCCACCCAGAUAAACAAGGCUGCUCAGCUGGCUUCCUCGCCCUGAUCCUCAGGCAGGACCCCAGAGCUGUAGAAGGAGAAUUUAAAAAGUAUCUUUUUAUUGAGUGCCUGUUGGAUUUUGUGUAGCAGCCAUGGGCAGCAAGACUCUGCCAGCACCAGUCCCUCUCCACCCAUCCCUCCAGCUGGCCAACUACUCCCUUCUCCAGAGCUCCACAGGGCUCCAGCCACCAGAUCAUUUUCACAGUAUCUACAGCUUCAGCGCCCUACAUGCAAUCCACCUCCACCAGUGGACCCUCGGCUACCCGCCUUUGGCCCUGCCCCGCUGCACCAUCUCCAAGCUGCCUGCCCAGUUCUCCUCCAUGGCCUCCAUCCCCAUAUUCCCUCACCUCCUGCAGCCCAAGCAGGACUCAGCAAGACUGCUGCAGAGCUCCAAGAACAAGCCCCGCUUUGACUUUGCCAACCUGGCAGCAGCAGCCACCCAGGAGGAUCAUCUGAAGGCGGAGGACCUGAGCAUGACGGGUGCUGCUGCUGCCGGCACUGCAGCACAGGCUUCAUAUCACCAUCCAACCUCAGCCAGCCUGGGAUGCCUCCUGGAUGUUACCAAACUCUCCUCACCGGAGCGCAAAUCCAGCCGAGGCCGACUGCCCUCCAAGACCAAGAAAGAGUUUGUCUGCAAGUUCUGUGGCCGCCAUUUUACCAAAUCCUACAACCUUUUGAUCCAUGAGAGGACACACACAGAUGAGAGGCCAUAUACCUGUGAUAUCUGCCACAAGGCCUUCAGAAGACAGGACCACCUCCGGGACCACAGGUACAUCCAUUCCAAAGAAAAACCGUUCAAAUGUCAGGAGUGUGGGAAGGGCUUCUGUCAGUCCAGAACUCUGGCUGUCCACAAAACAUUACACAUGCAGGUCAAGGAACUGAAGCCAGCCAAGAUCAAGUGAUUCACUCCACCAGCAGGGAAGGGACACUGGAAAAACAACAAAAGUCAACAACAGUCAAACAACAACCAAAUAUGUUUUCAUAUUAGCUGUUGGAGGCAUAGCCCUCAGCUUCUAUGGGAUUACUUCUCAAGGAUUACAUAUUUCACCAGCCAGUUCUUAAAGAAAUAAUACAGAAAUAAGCCUUAAUGGAGAAGUGUAUGCUUGGUUAUGAAAGAAAUGGACCUUUUUCUUAAGGUUUAUAAUCCAAAGACUUUAUAAAAGGCACACGACUCUUAUGCAAUUUUUUUUUUUUACAAAAACUGAGAAUGAUCAAAGCCAUGUUAGCAUAGACACAUUUUCCUCCUUUUCAAUAUCACAUUCCAAUGUUAUUUUUGUACAGAUACAUUAUAUUAAAAUUUUAUUUUUGCACUUUAACCUGAUUAUUGAUUAUUUACAUAUAUCACUGGAUUUCUUAAACUUAUUUUCAAAAUGAAUAAUCAUUUCUGAAUAAAAUAUUUUACUGUAA